AUGAGGGUGAGGAAAGGAAACAUAAUAUAUAUGACUAUGGUCCGUAGUUUCUCACAGUAUGCAGUAAUACCCACAUCAGGGCGAGAAAUCAUUGAAUGUAUACUAGUACAGUAUGAAGCAAGAUUAGGGUCAGAAAAGGCUCAGCCCAGAACCGGGUAUGCAGGGGAGAGAUUGGGGGCAAACUUGAUGGCUUGA